AAGUGCGCGUUGCCGAUGUACUGUGCAGUCUAUACCAAUCUGGGCGCGGACGAUUUUGCCCUUGCGCGGAGUCUGUUCCCUUGCCGAAGCGAUACCAAUCUCCAAAGACAAGUAACUGUCGUCAGCAGUGGGUAUAAUCAAUGACGAGUGUGUACUAAUCCCUGCUUGCUCUAUCCAAUGUUGCCGGCCAAAAAUGAGCGAAAGCGUGCUCAAGUGAUGAAUCUACUUGCCAGGAAGGAAGAUGACGAAUCCCUCCCACCGGCCAAGACCAUCGGCCGCGGGGACGCUGCGAUGAAGCUCGCCCGCCAAGACCGCCUAAUGAUGUCCCUCAAGAGACCAACACCCCAGACGCCGCGUGUCAUUACUAUCCAGAAGCCACUGAUUGGCUUGGCUUUGAGGAAAACUGCGAUGAUCUGCACAUCAGGGCUUAAUAUUCAUCCGGUAUCAAUCAGCACAAAUGCGAUUCGCGACAAAUUGGUGGCUUUAGCUCGUGGUCCUGGCCCAGGCGUGCUGAGUACCUACGGAGCAAUACCCGUAGGCUUGGCGAAGCCAAGGCCUGUUUACAGCCCUAGGUGCAGACUGGCUGUGAGUCGCGCUGUCUGGUAGGAAUUUCGGGCCCCAAGGACCCCAUGAUCCCGCUGCAAUUAUCCCGCUGCCCACUCUCAGAGAAGUGUGCGUGUUUCAAUUAUAUGGUGGCUUGUGGGGACCCCAGAUGAGUUUUCCACAGAGACCGGAAGGAUACUUGAAAUCGCUUGUUCUCGGAUGGUCG